AUGCUCGACUGGGAGGAAAUCCAUGAUGGAGUGGAACGCUUCUCCUUCUAUGACUCGGAUCGGUUCGAGGAGGAUUCCUUGUGCUCGUGGAACUCUGAGCCCGAGCCUGUUUGUAAUAAUUGGCGAGGCUGGAAGCGCCCUUCAACUUUCCAUUCGUUAACAAAUGGUUCCAACAACGGUGGAUCUCAUGCUCAAGGAGGAUCCCCCGUAGUGAUUUCCUCGCUUGUAGAACUAGCGGCAAAGCAGGUCGCAUCGCACAUCCCGUUCGAAGUUGUUGAGCGAUUCCAUAUUCCUGUUCCCGAGCCAUUGCAAUUACGCAUUACAUUCUGGUCUUUCCCGGAGAAUGAAGAUGACAUUCGACUUUAUUCGUGCUUGGCAAAUGGAAACCCUGAUGAGUUCGUUCGCGGAGAGACCCUAUAUCGAAACAAAGCUGUCAGUCAGUCGCUUCAAAUAGGGUUUCAUUUGAGUGCGAAUGUUACCAUCCCGGGGUCUUCAGUUGUACUGCCGAGUGGGUCAGCGACGGGCACUGGUUCUGCUGGGAAUACCACUCGUGAAAGUACGCGUGGUACCGAAAAGACCAACGGUGGAUCGAACACCUUUCAUGUUGCCAUCACAUUCGAUCGCAGACGGAUCGUGUCAUGCACUUGUACUUGCAAUGGAGCAGCCUCAUGGUGCAGCCACGUCGUGGCUGUGUGCCUUCACAGGAUUCACCAGGUGAGUCAGGUGAAGCUGCGAGCACCAGUCAGCGAGUCGCUGUCACGUUUGAGGCGAGACCAGCUGCAGAAGUUCGCGCAGUACUUGAUCAGCGAACUCCCUCAGCAGAUACUGCCGACUGCUCAAAGAUUGUUGGAUGAUCUACUUUCUGCUCAACUGUCACCUAUCAAUACUGUGUGCGGCGCUCCGGAUCCAACUGCUGGCGCAUCCGCAGGAGAACAGACCGCUUGGUGUUUUAAUGAAGCUGCAUUGCAUGAUAACAUUAGGAAAACGCUCAUUAAGUUCUGCGUUCCGUCACCAAUCGUUUUUAGUGACGUGAAUUAUUUGAGCUCAACGGCUCCGCCUGCAGCAGCAGAAUGGACCAGCUUGCUUCGCCCACUUCGCGGAAGAGAGCCAGAGGGUAUGUGGAACUUACUUUCUAUUGUCCGAGAAAUGUUCCGGCGACACGACAGGAACGCGAUUCCGCUGCUGCAAGUACUUACGGAAGAAUGUUUGGCUUGUGAGCAAAUUCUGGUUUGGUGGUUCAAUACCAAAGUUGCUCUCCAUACUGGCUCAAGUGCGCACAACGGCCGAAGUAACAAUGUCAACAAUAAUGCACACGCGUCUCAACAUGCAACGUCUUCACUUUGCGACGAAAUUGUUGCUUUGUGGCGACUGGCUGCCCUGAACCCAGCAUUACCUCCGUCAUCCCGCGAUAUUUUAUUGGAACGCUUCAAAACUUGGCACAUAGAAGUUAUUCAACGAGUGCAGAAAAGCAGAGCGAACAAUGCUAACAGUGCCCAUCAUGGUGGGAAUGGUGGAGGAAAUGCUGCUGGAAACAACAACAGUGGCCAACGACCAUUCGUAAGCAGAACAGAUAUCGAAGCCUUCAACGGAUUCAAACCUGCCAUCGAAGCUUGUUCUCUGACAUGGGAUGAUUAUCCAAUUCUUGGAGUGACGUUCUCUUUCGACGGUCUUUUUGACGGAGAUCAUACCGCGUGUCUAAUUUCAAGUGACAGUCCGCAUGGUGGCCGACAAUCUGCCAUUAAUUCCUCGCAAGCAGUGCUUAAUUGCCAAGUCAUGAGAACGGUGAGCGGGACGGGGAGUGAAGCAGGCGCCGCCGGGGUUGCCAAGAAGAGCAGUGUGUUCAGUCCAAUGGCAGGAAAUCGCUGUAGCGUGAGCAGCGAAGGUUUCUGUGAGAACUUGAAUGUAGACGAUGCCCAGCAAGGGAAUGAUGACGAGAUUGAGUCCGAUCUCUCGACAUCGCCGGGCUCGCAGGUACGUGCUCUCGUGUUGCAAAUGUCGCGGGAUCGUGAAGAAGCCGAUGCAGAUGCGGAAGCAGAAUUAGACGCCGAAGCAGAGCGUGCAUGUGCCGCUCCUAAACCCGAAGCUGGAGCCAUGGCUACCGUUGCUUCCUCAUCUUCGUCGUCGUCUUCGUCUUCCCUGUGCUUUGUUGCCCCGUCGUCGGACACGAAGGCCAAGCCCGAGGGAGAAAAGCCAGCUGCUGGAGCAGGGUCCCACAGUAUAAGCCCCUCGUCUCAGUCGGGUCAUCUUCGGGACGAAUCGGGUUAUUUUGUUCAUCUAAAGCGUUUGGAUGACCCCUUGGAGGUGUUGUUCGCUCGAGCUGAAGCACUUCAUGCUCACGGGUUCAGCAGUGAAGCAUCUACGUUGGCAAUUCAACUUGCCGAAGAAUUGCUUGCGCGUCCGCCGGACUUGAUGGUCGACUUUCCACCACCGCCGAUGACGAAACACAAACGUCGUCGUUGCCGGGUGAAUCCGGUUUCACAUCAGACCUCCUGUCUCGCAUCUGCCACGCUAUCGAAAGCGUCCUUCUUGUGCUCAGUUCUUUCUGACAUCCCCGAGUUACAAUCGCUGGCUUUCCGUGUCGGAUUGUUUGGACUGGAGUUGGCAAGACCCCCAGCAUCCACGAAAGCUUUGGAGGUGAAGAUGGCCAAUCAAGAAUUGGAGCUCGUGAGUUGGUUGAAGAAGAUUCCUCUGGGUCAAACUGAGCUGGACAUCAUUCGAGAGAAAGCCAUACAACUCCGGGAUGGUACACUUCGUUCCAGAGGCGAUGCGUUGUUGCCUCUCAACUUGGCAUCAUACAUUCUCGAUGCGCUUGUACUGUCCUCGACAAUGGCGACUCAAGCUAGUGUGACUGUUCAGCCGCCAUCUUCGACACCCACUUCAUCUCCCCUGUCUACGCCAUCUAGUUCUGUGUCAAAAGCGGAAUCAAUGAUGCAGAGGGCAAUAACUGACAAACAGCUCGGAUUUGCCGCAGCUGUGGCUGCACUUGGACUGAAGGCCAAUGUGUCAGAAGCAGAGCACCCAUUGUUGUGCGAAGGUACACGGCGACAGCGUGGGGACCUGGCAUUGACGUUGCUUGUCCAUUACAAAGAUGACCAGAAUAAACUGGCGUGCAUCAUGGACAAGUUGUUGGAUCGUCAGGUGCAUCAGAUGUACAAAGCUCCGCCACUUUCUUCGUACUACGCGACGAAUGUUCCGAAUGCUGGGUCCAGCGGUGCGACUGCAGAAGCUCCACUGAGAGAUAAUCAGGCUAGCCAGCGGGUUGAUUCCCGUGAAAGAAAUGAUGUCGCUGGAUCGUUAGCCGGAGCGAUGGUAUAUUUGGCUGUUGAUGUCAAUGAAGGAGGUCAGGAAGCCCAGGGUAUAGAUGCAUACGAGGCGUGCGCGGUGGGAGGAGAAGCCAACCGAGGUACAGGAGCGCGGCCGAAGGACUACGUGCGCUAUCCUGCAAAGGAAAGAAGUGGGUCGCUGGGAGGAGACCGGAAGAGCCCAACAUGGGCUGAAUCUGACUGCGACAAACAAUGGGAAGCCAAGUUUCGUUGCGCGAAUCUCCGGACAUGUUUUUCGAAGAAAUCCUCGAACCCGAUGGCUAGCAUUGACAGCAGUGCGCCUGAAACUACUUCGUCAGAUAACUCUCCGACCGUUGUGCGUCGUGCUUGGAAAAUGCAAGGCCCUGGCUCCGAUUCAGGAUCGAGCGGGAAGAGCUCGGAUAGUUUGGGAUCCUCAAGCAGUGGAGGUGAAAAGAAUAAACAGAAAAGGCCGUCUGGAAAUCAAGGCAAUCUAGCGUCACCAAGCUUGGGCGCCAGUGCGGGUCCGGCCUUGCUGCCCGAUCUCUCGCCAGCCAGCGGCCAAGCUGGCUCCACCACUCCGACGAAUGUGAAUCAGAGCAAUGGACCAUGUGCAUCUCCGAAUGCUGUAUCCAACGGUGCUGCGCUGAUGGCGGGUCCUCCACCACCGUUGGGUUCGCAUGUCGUGGGCUUCUUCUCGCAAUCGCCGCUUCUCAAUCCGUCGCUGGUCGGUAAAGAUCAGUCGAACAACGCAGCCAUCCGAAAUAAUCAGAAUUCGGGAGCGAGCGGAACACCAGGCGCAUCCAAUAGUGCAGGGGCCAAUGUCAAUGGAAACAAGAAUGCCACCGCCAGUGCGAACGUAACGACGAAUGCCAUGAUGACCCAAGGUGGGAAGAACAGGUUCAAGUCGAAGCGAGCCUAUCCAACGAUCCCGAAUCAGCCGAGCGAGGCUGGGGCGCACUUCAUGUUCGAAUUAGCCAAGACAGUGCUCGCGAAGGCUGGAGGAAAUUCAUCCACGUCGCUGUUCACGGAAACCUCAGCCUCUGGCAAUCAUCGCGGUCCGCAUCGAGCAUUGCACAUGUGCGCAUUUCAGAUUGGGUUGUACGCUUUAGGGCUGCACAAUUGCGUGUCCCCGAACUGGUUGUCGAGAACAUAUUCAUCCCAUGUUUCUUGGAUCUCAGGUCAAGCCCUUGAAAUCGGGGAGUGCGCUAUCGCCUUUCUGAUGAAAACUUGGGAAGGGCACUUGACUCCGCCAGAAGUUGCAAAUCUGGCCGAUCGGGCAUCACGCACUCGAGAUCCUGGGCUGGUACGAGUUGCGGCGGAGUUGGCGUUAUCGGUUCUACCUCAUGCUCAUGCUUUAAAUCCGAACGAAAUCCAGACUGCCAUUACUCAGUGCAAGGAUCAUAGCGAUGAACUUCUCGAAAGAGCCUGCCUUGCCGUGGAAACGGCAGCCAAAGGCGGUGGUGUCUCGCCGGACGUUCUCUUCAAAGUGGCUCGUCGUUGGCAAGACCUGUACCUGAUGAUGCAACGGAAAGUCGGCGAGGGGAACGGUUGCUCUUUCGUCUCGCGAAGUAACGGUGAGGAGUGCGACGUUGGUCGAUACGAUGACCCGCGUGGACGAAGCCCGGGGAUGUGUGAGGCCGAUUAUUCCAUGUCGGCGCAAAAUCCCGCGCACCCCGUCGUUGAGAGCAUUCAGGUCGACCUUGCGAUGCCUACUGGCCCACUCCCUGGCGUCCAACCGUUGUCUGGGCCCAACAACUGUCACGCUGCUCAACCGGGUCUUCCAAAUGCGGGACCCUCGCAUCCUCCACUUCAUGCGUAUUCAUUUCAGGUGGGUUUGGCGACGCCGUAUCAAACGUAUGCGAGCUUCACGUACCUUCCGCCGUUGGCUACAUAUUCUUCGCUGGCAUACCCGCUGAAUUUGUCGUAUCAAGGGCUCCACUCGACGCACCACGGCACGCAACCGUCCGUGCACCACCACCACCACCACUUUCAACAUGCUCACGCCCAAGCGCUCCUAGCGCAGCAAGCACCGUUGAUACCCCAUCAUCCGGGUGCUCCGCCGACGCCGCACAACCCUCUCCAUCCCCUGCGCCAUCAACUUCCUAACGGAGGUUACGGAGGCUCUCAUGGGUCCCUACUACGACACCCUGGUCCACCCACGUCAGUCGGAUUGGCCAUGCCAAUGACGGGCUCAGCGUCUAUCGCAGUGUCCGCUCCGCUCUGCAUGACACCCGUCGCUGGCCAACCUGGCACCACGACGCCGCCGUCGUCAUCGCAACAUAACCAAGGAAAUCAGUUCGCUGAGUAUGACUACCGUUUGAAUGCGUAUCGUGUUGGAAUGCUUGCUAUGGAAACACUUGCCACACGCGUCCACGACGACCGUCCGCAAGCCAAGUAUGCUCCGAAUCCUCCGUAUGCUGACGACGUAAAAUGGCUCCUAAAACUGGCAAUCGAAUUGGGAUCAGCUUAUAUCCACCGCUUCUGUCUGAGUGCGGUGCACAGUGUUGUGAGCCCAUUCGUGCUUGUGGAUCUUUCGCUCGAGGCAGCGUCGUAUCUCUCUCGUCAGUCGACUGGAAAUGGAGCUGGUGUUUCCUGCAUUGGCGUUAACAUCGGAGCCGGAGCUCUGGGUACAUCUGGCGCCAACAACAGCAACGGGGCGAUGUCAGUACAAAGCUUAGCGCAUCACCUCCGUAGCCCGAUGCUUUCUCCGCUUGUUCAGCGGUGCCAACAAAUGUUCAUCCAAUGCACGCAUCAGCGCUUGUAUCACAUCACGCCGGGCGAGUACGAAGACUUCGUGUCAAUAGUGAGAACAGCGAGGACAGCUUUCCAGAUGACUCUCGGCGGUCCGACGCAAUUCCAGGAGCUGUUGCAGAGCCUGAAACGUUCCAAGUUUUGCAAGAAGGAAUUGUGGCACAGAAUCACCGCCGUUCUCCAGCAAUCACCGGGCCAUUGACGAGCCCCGCGAUUUCAUAGUUCAAGAUAAUACUGUCCAGACGUUGCUCGCAGCAUGAUUCCCGUCCCGUUUCUGCGUUUAUCACUGAUAUCUUCUCAGUCGGUUGUGGCGCUGGGCUGAAGCUAUUCUAGCUGUUGCGUUUUUCGGAGCGAGCGCUUGCUCGUGAACCUAGUACCGAACCAACGCUACAAGACCACAGGCACUGCAUCGGGACAAUAAACUUUCUCGAAAGAAGCUACAUUUUAAGAAGCGCAUGAACGUGAAAAUGAUCUCAUAUGUGUGUCUCCCUUAGAUUUCAGUUACGGCAUGAAUGCUCGGGGAAUUGUUCUUUUUUAUGCGUGUUCUUUAUGUAUGUUUUAUCCAAUUGGAUCGAGGUCCUUUUCCACAUAUUUCGUCGUCGUGCUUUCGGUUCGCGACGCACAGCGUGAAUGUGAGACGUGAAUGUGACGCUUCUUCCAAGAUUUCUUCGUUGCUCCUUCACUGACCGUUGGACGAGCUUAAUGUCCUUCCAUGCUUGUUGUAUUUCGAUUACUCGUUGUGUCGUUUUCGACGUUGCCUUCUCGUGGAGUUGUUCGAUAUACCGUAUGCCGCGAGGAUCAUUUUUUAGUGGUCUGUUCUUCGUAUUGAUUCAGCUACAGAAACCUUCGUGACAUAUCUUUUGUCGGUAUUAUGCUGAUUAUCUUGCGAAUCUGCAAUUAUUUUCCUCUUGAGUUGUGUGGGAAAUUCUUUGUGGAUCGUAACAGUUCUGUUUUAUUUGAUUUCUCGUUUCCGAACAAAACUUAGGUCUAUGUCAUUCCUGAUCUUAAAAAAUGCCUUGGGUUAUCAGUGACAGGAGGCUAAUCAAAUUCUUCAUCCUUGAUUUAUGUGAGCAUGUUUUUGGGAUUGCGGGUAAAUUUUGUAUGUGCUGAAAAUCGUAUGUUGGCGUUGAGACGGAGGUGGAUUUUAGCGGAGAAGACAUGGUAUUAGCACAACUACAAUAUGUAAAUCAUGCCGUUUUCUUGCGCGUGUUUUGUUCUAACAUAGUCUAGAAGUGGAACUACGCGAUUACUGCUUAGUGCAGUUCACUCGGAUUUUUUAAAUGUUCCUUCGCAAAUUUUGGUGUUCACUUUUACGUUUGAAACAUAUUUCUUGCUGUCUUUCGUUCACAUUGCUGAAAGCAAUUAGUUAAGAUGGAAAAGCAUGAAUAUUUUGGACGUAUACUCAUGCAUGUAACAUGAUGGUGUGACGUGACGCAUCGAUAUCCGUAGGACCAGCUUUCCUAUCGGUCGAGUGUGAUUUUGGUUUUACUUUACCCUACUUGCGUACAGGAAAUUGAUGUAUAUACUCUGAAUUUCGCGUGGAAAAAGUACCUCUUACUAUUACCGAGAAGAACUCUUAAGUCGCAAGAGAAGCGGAACACGAAAGUGUAAAAGGAAUUAAUACAAUUGGGAUGUCAUUUGUGCGAUUACAGUUUAUUUUUCGAGUUGCUAUAUCUGUUCAUGGAUUCAAAUAUACAUAAAUACGUGAAUGAAGA